AUGCCUUUAGGACUAGACACCCUCAACCCCGCGACGCUCCUCACCACACGCUUCCGUCCAUCCCAAAUACCCGCCCUCACCGGACGCACCGCGCUCGUCACGGGCGGCAGCGCUGGCAUCGGCUAUUAUGCGGCGCUCGCGCUGGCCCGCGCCGGCGCACGCGUCCUCAUCGUUUCCGCGAAUCCCGAGCACGGCCGCAAGGCGGAGGAAGAGCUCAACAGGGAGGCCGGCGCGUCCGGAGGAGGGGUGGAGUAUCACCAGUGCGAGUUCGGCGAUCUGAAGCAAGUCGACCGCGUCGCCAAGAAGAUAGCGAGCGAGCAGGACCGUCUUGGCAUCUUGAUCGACAAUGGCGGUAUCGGACAAGCUCCGUUUGCGUUGACCAAGGACGGUUUGGAGAAUCACUAUGCUAUUAACAAUCUGGCACACUGGGUGCUCACGCUGCGCCUUCUCCCGCUCCUUCGCAAGACGGCGGCAUCUCUACCGCCCGCGAGUGUCCGCAUCUGCAUGCAGUCGUCGGAAUUGCACCGCGCCUCCCCGACCGCGCAGUUUGCCUCCAAAGAAGAGAUCAACGAGCCCAUCGACGGCAUUCGCGGCUACGGGCGCUCCAAGCUUGGCCUGAUCCUCUUCGCGCAUCAGCUGGUGAAGCGCCACCUACUUGACGACAAGAUCCUCGUGACGUCCGUUCACCCCGGCACCGUGGACACGGACAUGCAGGAGGCGUGGUCGGAGAGCUACGGUAAGCUCGGGGAUUUGGCCAACAGCUUGACGCGCAUGGUGGGCAAGUCGGCCGAGGAAGGUGCGGAGCCUUGCCUGUGGGCGACGACUUGCAGCGAGAUCAACGCGCAGAACAUGCACGAAUAUCAGGGCAACUAUUAUCAGGAGCCCUACGGGAAACCGGGAACGGAAAGCUCGCAGGCGCAGGAUGAGGCUCUUGGCGAUCAGUUCUGGAGGUUCUGUGAGACGAACGCGGAAGAUAUCCUCGGGGAGAAGAUACACUGGUCCUCGAGCUCAUGGGGUCCGCUCAGGCUACUGCGAGCGUCACUGCCCGGAUCGCGGAUGCUGUCAUUGCUAUGGCUUCCUGCCCCGGCGCUUGCGGCUCCCUCCAAACUGAGGAGGGCGACUCAUGAUGGUGUUGGGACGAGCACUUGGGUACCCGUGCUGGUCGUCGUGCUCGUGCUCGUGGCCAUCGCGGGCGCCCUUAUCUACCGAAGAUUUCGCGCAAGCUCGUCCGGCACGCGACGGAAUGUCGUGCAGACGACGGGCGGCGUCACCGCGGAGGUGACCGCCGAGCAGCUUGCGGGGCGGCCGGGCGCAGCGGCCACUACUGCGACGGCCGCGCAGACACAGAGGCGGCCGCGACGCAACAGGCGCACUCCGAGCCAAAUGUCGACCAAGUCUCUUCCUGCGUACAACAAGGAGCCGCAGGAGCAGGAGCUCGUCGUGUACAGGCAAGUGCAAUAUUGA